AUGGAAGGAGAAGCGACAUUGAGACGGCUGAUCGAACAGGUCGAUCAAAUGCGGGUUUUUCUGACCUCGCUCAAGGAAUCGGCACUCGCCUGGUAUACUCAAUUGCCAGUAGGGUCAGUCGAUAGCUUCAACACUCUAGUGAGGCAAUUCCUGACACAGUACGCGACGAGUCGAACUCAUCACAUCACAUCUGCUGCCUUGGCCAGCCUCAGACAGGGAGACGACGAACCAUUGAGGACAUUCAUGGAGCGCUUUGCUGGCAUCUCCUUCAAAAUCCGCAACCAAAACCCUGAGGUCGCCCUACACGCCAUGCUCAUGGCACUCAAGCCAAGACCUUUUGUUGACAGCCUUUGUAGGCGACCUCCCCCAAACAUGGACGAACUCCGUGCCCAAGCUACGGGGUACAUUCAGAUGGAAGAGCACACUACUUUUCGUGACCAAGUUCAUGGGAAACCACAAGGAAAGCCAGACCAUGGCCACAAAGAUAAGGUAAAAGUCACCAACGAUGACCAAUUCAAGAAGACUAGGUUGAACAAAGGAGGGAGGUAUGACUUCUACACCCCCUUCAACGCACCCCAAGUACAUAUCCUGGAGAAGGCCAACAAUACCAACCUGAUUACUCUGCCACCACCUGGGCACAACCCCAGCAGCAUAGACAAAUCCAAGCAUUGCCGAUACCAUAGAAACUAUGGUCACACAACCGAGGAAUGUCGCAUACUCAGAGAUCAUAUUGAGGAACUCGUCCAAGGGGGGCACCUCGGACAAUACGUCUAA